AUGUUUGGGCCACCACGUGAUAUUUUAGAUCUACACCAAAAAGCUGGACGAGCUGGUUUAUCAUCUGACAUUUUAAUAUAUUAUUAUGGUCAACAGAUUUCACAUGUUGAUGAGGACGUGAGGGAGUUUUUAAAAAAUGAUGAUUGCAUGCAUGUUGCUGCUUACAGAGUAUAUGAUCAAGAUGUUGUUCCUCUACUUCCUGCUCAUAGUUGCUGUGGUUUUUGUGCUGCAUCUUGUUGUGGUGAUGAAGUUCAAGAAAAGUGUGAAAGAAUAUCUGGUCCAUACCAUUUUAAUCUUGUUCCAGAUGACAUUGAAAAUUCUUGUAAUUUGUAUCGAUCUGUGUCUGAAGAAGAUAAAUGCAUCUUUCAUGAUGCUUUAAAAGAGCAGCAAAUGAAUAUUUCAUCUUACAAAGCAAUCAUUGGUCUUGGAUCAGUGUCAAGUCAUGGUUUUUCUGAAUAA